GUCCUGUUCCAAACCAGCUGAUACCUUCAUCAGACAGCCAGAGGUACAGCCCUGCCACUCCAGGAUCGUACUCCAACCAGGUGCCGGCCAAGGUUCCUCCCCAUCCAUCCUCUGGACAGUACAACUACAGUGGCUCUCAGAAUGUUCCUCAAUUAAACAAUUACCAAGGACCUGGGCAGACUCUUAACAGACCACCAGUGGCCCCUUUCUCUGGGUCACCAGCACAACAGACGGGUCCCGUUCCAAAAGCGCCGCCGCCUCCGUCGCAGAACUCUGCUGCUGUCUCAUCUGCUGGUGGCUUUCCUCCUGGAGCUGCCCCACCAGUGCUUUCAAACUGGCAGUACAGCCAGGCUCCCCUGAGUCAGCCUGUUGGGGCUCAGAUGAGCCAUUUGGCUCACGUGGCAGGGACAGGGUCAGCUCAGCCACCGUCGUCGCUGUCGGGAAAUACAAACCCUCUGGGAAAUUAUCACUAUGCUGCUUCUCCAGGAGGUCCUCUGCUCCAGAACAGCUAUAUGAAGCCAGGAUCUGCACCUCCACCAGUGACUCAGCCUUUAACUCCACUACACCCCCCUGCAAGGCCACCCUUAGGACCUCCACCAGUGGGUGGUCCACCUCUAGUUAGGCCAUCCACACUGAUUGCAGGACCACCUAAUACACAGUCUCAGCUAAACUCAGCUACAAAUCCAGAGGGUGAUGCUACAUCUGCUGCCAGUGAUGGGUCUGUGGUGCAGAACAGCUACGAUGCCAUAGAAGGUGGUGGCCUCAUGGCAACUCCACAUUCUCCUGCACCCCCAAAUCUUAAGGUGAAUAGAAGCGUUGGGUAUUCUUACCCCACCUUACCUCCAGGCUACCAAAAUACUUCCCCACCUGGUGCACCAGGGGUGCAAGCAUCUGCUUUGCAAUAUCCAGAUGGAUCCAAGCAUUUCCACCAGCCUGCCCUGGCCACUAAUCACUUAACUGCAUCUAUGAGUGGUCUGAGUCUAAACCAAGAAGGAUUAAGACCUGUGAAUCUUCUUCAAGAGAGAAAUAUUCUCCCUACGACCCUCUUGAAGGCUCCUGUCCCAAACCUGCACGAAGACAUCCAGAAGCUCAACUGUAACCCUGAGUUGUUCCGCUGUACCCUGACUAACAUUCCUCAAACUCAGGCCUUAUUGAAUAAAGCCAAACUUCCUUUGGGGCUCCUGCUUCAUCCUUUCAAAGACUUAUCGCAAUUGCCAGUGGUGACUUCAAGUACUAUUGUGAGGUGCCGUUCCUGCCGGACGUACAUUAACCCUUUUGUCAGCUUCCUAGACCAAAGGAGGUGGAAAUGCAAUUUGUGCUACAGAGUCAACGAUGUCCCUGAAGAAUUCAUGUAUAAUCCUGUGACAAGAGUUUAUGGAGAACCUCAUAAAAGACCUGAAGUCCAGAAUGCUACUAUUGAGUUUAUGGCUCCAUCUGAAUAUAUGCUACGUCCCCCUCAGCCACCUGUGUACCUCUUUGUGUUCGAUGUCUCUCACAAUGCAAUAGAGACAGGAUACUUGAAUACAGUCUGCCAGACCCUGUUAGACAAUCUUGACUUGCUUCCUGGGAACACCAGAACAAAAAUAGGCUUCAUAACAUUUGACAGCACAAUCCACUUCUACAGUCUUCAGGAAGGUCUCUCUCAGCCUCAGAUGCUUAUAGUUUCAGAUAUUGAAGAUGUAUUUAUAUCAAUGCCAGAGAACUUACUAGUAAAUUUAAAUGAAAAUAAAGAGCUAAUUCAAGAUCUGUUGAGGACCUUGCCACAGAUGUUUACCAAGUCCCUGGAAACUCAGAGUGCUCUGGGACCUGCAUUGCAAGCAGCCUUUAAACUGAUGUCCCCCACUGGAGGUCGAAUCUCUGUCUUCCAGACACAGCUUCCAUCUGUGGGAAUGGGAGCACUGAAGUCACGAGAGGAGCCAAACCAAAGAUCAUCUGCAAAGGACAUACAUCUGACACCAUCAACUGACUUUUACAAGAAGUUAGCCUUGGACUGCUCAGGGCAGCAGGUUGCAGUGGAUUUAUUUCUUCUUAGUGGACAAUAUUCUGACUUGGCUUCUCUAGGUUGUAUAUCCAGGUAUUCUGCAGGUAGUGUCUAUUACUACCAGUCUUACCAUCAUAAACACAACCCUGUCCAGGUGGAGAAGCUGCAAAAGGAACUGAAACGAUAUUUGACUAGAAAGAUUGGGUUUGAGGCUGUCAUGAGGAUAAGAUGCACCAAAGGUCUUUCCAUCCACACCUUCCACGGGAACUUCUUCGUGCGGUCCACGGACUUGUUGUCUCUGCCCAACGUGAACCCAGAUGCAGGAUACGCUGUGCAGAUGUCUGUGGAGGAGAGUCUCACUGACAUGCAGGUGGUUUCUUUUCAGUCAGCUCUCCUGUACACCUCCAGCAAAGGGGAAAGACGAAUUCGUGUCCACACUCUGUGCUUGCCUGUUGUCACCACACUGAGUGAUGUCUACCUCGGGGCAGAUGUUCAAGCCAUCACUGGGCUGCUAGCCAACAUGGCUGUGGACAGGUCUGUCUCUGCCACGCUGAGUGACGCUCGGGACGCCCUGGUCAACGCGGUGAUCGACUCGCUGGCCGCGUACCGCGGGGCGGUGCUGGGCAUCCAGCAGCCUGGGCUCGUGGCCCCCCACUCCCUGCGCCUCUUCCCGCUCUACGUCCUGGCACUCCUGAAGCAGAAAGCAUUUCAGACCGGGACGAGCGCCCGCCUGGACGACCGCAUUUUCUCCAUGUGUCAGGUGAAGAACCAGCCCCUUGUUUACCUCAUGCUCAUGACACAUCCCAGCCUCUACAGGGUUGAUAACCUCACAGAUGAGGGGGCCCUUAACAUAAAUGAUAGGACUAUACCUCAGCCACCCAUUCUCCAGCUGUCCGUGGAGAAGUUGAGCAGGGAUGGUGCUUACCUGAUGGAUGCUGGCUCGGUGAUGUUCCUCUGGAUUGGGAAGAACUGUGGGCAGGGAUUUAUCAGCCAAGUCCUCGGAGUUCCAAAUUAUGGCUCAAUCCCCCAGAACAUGACCCAUCUCCCAGAACUUGAAACUGCAGAAUCCAUCAGAACAACAGCUUUCAUUUCUUGGCUGAGAGAACAGAGACCUUUCUUUCCCAUACUAUAUAUAAUAAAGGAUGACAGUCCAUUGAAAUCAAGUUUCCUGCAAAAUAUGAUUGAAGACAGAACAGAAUCAGCCUUAUCAUACUAUGAAUUCCUUCUUCAUAUACAGCAGCAAGUGAAUAAAUGAAACACUAGCCUUUGGCUCACUACUUUAAGGAAAGAUUUUGCAGUAAAGAACGAUUGUGCUUGUAAUAUCUCCAUUAAAUCUGUGGCCUGAGGCAGUUGAUGAGAAGUUCUCACUGUGAUUUCAACCAACUAAAGCAAAUAAAGGACCACAUCUGAGAAUCAAACGUUCAGCAACAUAAUAUUGUACCUUAAAAAAAGAAAAUCAAACUGUUGGAACUGGUUGAGCACCUUUAAUUUGCUGCAAAUCAUGUUUUUACUGUAAGUAGUUGCAGCAUGAAGUAUAUUUACAAAGGCAAUACUGAAAAGGUGAAAUACAUUUUGUAAAAUAAAGGAGUUCUUUGUUGUUCAAAAUGUAUAUUUCUGUAACUCUUUGC